AUGGCCACAAUAUCCAAGUCACGUUGUUUGACGCCAACCACUGUCCAGGCUCAACCAUGUUUUGUGCUGAUCGAAGGCCAAGGAAAAGCCGUCCUCUACACCGGUGACAUUCGUGCAGAACCGUGGUUUGUCAACGCACUUACCAGGAAUCCAAUCAUGCUCGAGUACACAUGCGGCUUAAAGACGCUCGAUAAGCUAUACCUCGACACUUCAUUCCUCGCCGAUAUUCCAUUCCAAACAAAAUCUGAGGGAAUAGCUGCUUUGCUAGCCAAAGUACAAAGGUAUCCAGAAAACACAAUCUUCCACUUCCAAGCAUGGACCUUUGGCUAUGAAGACGUGUGGAUUGCGCUUUCCAAGACCCUAAACUCCAAGGUUCAUGUCGACGACUACAAGUUGCGGAUAUUCAACGCCCUCAGGAUCCGUUCCUCUGAUCAACCCUUUUCGCCAGAAUUUCAUCUCGCAGCAGGUGCUGCAGCUUUGACUGGUCACAUGUGUGGUAAUACCCAGCAUGUAGGAUGCCUCACCUCCGACACCAAUGUCCGCAUACAUAGUUGUGAGAGGGCAAAUAUGUGUUCUGUCGCCAAACACCCCUCGGUCGUUUCGAUUCGACCGGUAGUCUGUCGUCUCAAGGGGGGGGAGAGCAUAAUGGAGGCGGGUGUCGGUGGUGGCGGAACUGACUUCUCUCGUGAGGCUGAACUCGGUUGCAUUACAAACGAAGUCAUUGAUACGUUAACAAACCUAUUUCCUGCAUGGGACAAAGUCGACGGUGAAACGAAAGACGAUAUCAAAGCUCUCUUGAGACGCAUGGCCUCAAGCGGUCGAGACUUGUCGUUGAACAUGUCCAUCAGCGACUUGGGUGAAGGUCUCUCUGCAGACAUGAGCUCUGUAGUCCAGUCUCUUGUCGAAAGAUUACGCACUCAGACUGGCGCACCAAAAUUGCUAGCUGCGCCGCUCAACAACCCACAUGACGCCCUUCCAAAGGUCAUUCUUUUUCCCUUUGCGAGACACUCCCCUUACAGAGAGCUCUGUGAGCUCAUCAAAGCGUUCCGGCCAAAGGACAUCUGGCCAUGUACGGUAGACCAACGAUGGAUGGAUCAAUCCCUGACCGUGGAGUCCCUGUUUGGCAUGUACUGCUCAGAGCAAAGAUUCGAGCACGAUAAGAAAAUGGCGCCAUUGAUUGCAGCGGAACACGAAAAAAGACGUCGUGAAGUAGGGACACCGGUGGUGGAUAGCCAAUGCGACGUCAGUUUCGAAGUUGCCGAGGAAGAAAAACGCAUCAGAGACCAGGGAGAAACGAAGCGACCACAGUUCUCUAGGCCCUUAGACGAAGGCUCGCAAGCAGAAACCUUUGAAUCCAUACAUGUUUCAUCAUCUCUGAAACCAGAACCGGUACAUGUGAUGCAUCCUCGCUUUGGCAUAAAAGCACGGCCGGGCCAUGAUCCUGCCUCACCAUCUCAACACGAGGCACAACACAGCAAUGAGCCCAACACAGCGUCACGAAAACGACCACAUCAAGACGUGGAUAAUGCAACAGAGUGCAACCGAGACGGCGCCAAGACGGACUCUCAAACAACGGAUAUGACUGUUGGCUCUGCUUCAUCCCUAGGUAGUUCUGCCUUGCGGCAAGAUGCAUACGAUGCCAUGUUUCACAACGCAAAUGGGUGCGGUGCUUGGCGACCGAUAUCUCUGCUCUCUGCGGACGGGCAUCACCAUGAUGCAGAUGUAGAGCUGUAG